AUAAAAGCAGUAAUAAAAUAUUUUAUUUCUCCAAACAUUUUGAUGCACAAAAUUUGAUUCUGCUACUACAUUCUUCCCCCUUUCCUUUUCAUAUUGAACAAUGUCAGCAAUUUCUCUACGUAAAUUCCUCUCAAUUUCUCACUGAGUUAAGCGAUUCGACUCGUUGAUCUCAACUUUGCAUCUCAAAAUUUUUUCUAAUUGUACAAGGAGUUCGAUUUGAGUGUGAAAGUAUGGAGAGUUUGCAGCAAUUGGAGGCAUUAUGUGAGAGGCUAUACAAUUCACAGGACUCGGCCGAAAGAGCUCAUGCUGAGAAUACUUUGAGAUGUUUUUCGAUGAAUUCGGAGUAUAUUCCGCAAUGUCAGUACAUUCUAGACAAUGCAUUGACACCGUAUGCAUUGAUGCUCGCGAGUUCGAGCUUGUUGAAGCAAGUUACGGACCAUUCACUAUCGUUGCAGCUUCGCCUUGAUAUCAGGAACUAUCUGAUAAACUAUUUGGCCACAAGAGGGCCAGAAUUACAGCACUUUGUGAUACAAUCUCUCAUUCAACUAUUGUGCCGACUCACAAAGUUCGGCUGGUUUGAUGAUGAUAGAUUCAGAGACGUUGUUAAAGAGUCCAUGAGCUUUUUUAACCAGACAACACCGCAUCACUAUGCUAUUGGGUUGAAGAUACUAAAUCAGCUUGUUUCUGAGAUAAAUCAGCCUAGUUCAGGGUUACCAGCUACACAUCAUCGGAGGGUGGCAUGCUCCUUUAGGGAUCAGUCACUGUUUCAAAUUUUCCAAAUUUCUCUAACAUCCUUGCAGCAACUCACUAGUGAUGUGACAAGCAAGUUGCAAGAGCUGGCGCUUUCACUUGCACUUAAGUGUUUAUCUUUUGACUUUGUUGGCACAACUGUUGAUGAGAGCUCAGAAGAGUUUGGUGCUGUCCAGGUUCCAUCCUCUUGGAAACCCAUCCUUGAAGAUCCUUCAACACUAAAAAUAUUUUUUGACUACUAUGCUAUAACACAGCCCCCAAUCUCAAAGGAGGCUCUUGAAUGUUUAGUACGUUUGGCUUCAGUACGGCGCUCUGUUUUCUCUGACAGUAUACGUUCCAAAUAUUUGGCCCAUCUAAUGACAGGAACCAAAGAAAUAUUACAGAGUGGACAUGGUCUUGUGCAGCAUGAGAACUACCAUGAGUUUUGCCGUCUUCUUGGUCGUUUUAGAGUGAAUUAUCAGUUGUCAGAACUUGUGAACUUGGAAGGUUACAGUGAUUGGAUACAUCUCGUUGCAGAGUUCACAUCAAAAUCUUUACAAUCUUGGCAGUGGGCCAGCAGCAGCGUAUACUACCUUUUAGGGUUGUGGUCAAGGUUGGUAACAUCUGUACCAUAUUUAAAAAGUGAUGCGCCAAGUUUGCUUGAUGAGUUUGUGCCUAAGAUCACGGAAGGCUUUAUCACUUCCAGAUUUGACUCUGUGCAGGCUGUGCUUCCUGAUGAUUAUUCUGAAAAUCCCCUUGACAAUGUUGAACUUCUUCAAGAUCAGCUUGAUUGUUUCCCUUAUCUUUGCAGAUUCCAGUAUGAACGCACCAGCCUCUAUAUGAUAAAUAUUGUAGAGCCCAUUCUGCAGAGCUAUACGGAAAGAGCCCAAUUACCUGCCAGUGAUAACAAAGAGUUAUCUGUUAUUGAAGCCAAACUCGCAUGGAUUGUUCACAUUAUUGCUGCUAUUCUUAAAAUCAAGCAAUGUACUGGCAGUAGUACAGAGUCACAAGAGGUCCUUGAUGCUGAACUCUCUGCACGUGUUCUGCAAUUAGUGAAGGUUACAGACAGCGGAUCGCUCAGUGAGAGAUAUUCUGAAUUAAGCAAGCAGAGAUUAGAUCGUGCAAUACUCAUGUUUUUCCAGAAUUUCCGGAAGUCUUAUGUUGGCGAUCAGGCCAUGCAUUCUUCCAAGCAGUUAUAUGCUCGUUUAUCGGAGCUUUUGGGGCUUAAUGAUCAUCUAGUUUUGCUAAACGUGAUUGUGAGCAAGAUAGCAACGAAUCUGAAAUGUUACACUGAGAGUGAAGAGGUUAUUGAUCAUACAUUGAGUCUAUUUUUGGAGCUGGCUUCUGGCUAUAUGACCGGAAAGUUUCUUCUGAAGUUGGACACUGUCAAGUUUAUAGUUUCAAACCACACGAGGGACCACUUUCCGUUUCUGGAAGAGCGUAGGUGUUCUCGUAGCAGAACAACUUUCUAUUACAUCAUUGGGUGGUUAAUCUUUAUGGAGGACAGCCCUGUCAAAUUCAAGUCUUCAAUGGAGCCUCUUCUGAAGGUUUUUUGUUUAUUGGAGUCAACUCCUGAUACAAUGUUCCGCAGUGAUAAUGUUAAAUACUCAUUAAUUGGGUUAAUGAGGGAUCUAAGGGGAAUUGCUAUGGCCACCAACAGUCGAAGAACUUAUGGGCUCUUGUUCGAUUGGUUGUAUCCCUCAAGAAUGCCAGUUCUCUUGAGAGGCAUUUCACAUUGGGCUGACACUCCUGAGGUUACAACCCCAUUAUUAAAAUUCAUGGCUGAGUUUGUUCUGAAUAAGGCCCAACGUUUGACAUUUGACUCUUCUUCUGCCAAUGGAAUACUACUUUUCCGGGAAGUAAGCAAAUUAGUUGUAGCUUACGGCUCAAGGAUAUUAUCUCUACCUAAUACACCUGAAAUCUAUUCCUUCAAGUACAAGGGCAUAUGGAUUUGCUUAACUAUACUGGCAAGAGCUCUUGGUGGAAACUAUGUCAAUUUUGGUGUAUUUGAACUUUAUGGCGAUAGAGCUCUUGCUGAUGCCUUUGACAUGGCUCUGAAGAUGACAUUAUCAAUUCCUCUAGGGGACAUCUUGGUGUUCCGGAAGGUAACAAAAGCAUAUUUUGCCUUUCUGGAGGUUUUGUUCAGCAGCCAUAUUGCUUUUGUACUGAAUCUGGAUACAAGCACUUUUAUGCGCAUUAUGGGAUCCCUUGAAUCUGGUCUUAAAGGUCUAGAUACAGGCAUCUCAACACAGUGCGCAUCAGCAAUUGAAAAUUUAGCAGCUUUUUAUUUCAACAACAUUACCAUGGGGGAAGCUCCUUCUUCACCAGCUGCAAUCAGUCUUGCACGGCAUAUAGCAGAAUGCCCCACAUUAUUCCCAGAAAUUUUGAAGACCUUAUUUGAACUUGUAUUGUUUGAGGACUGUCCCAACCAAUGGAGUUUGAGUAGGCCGAUACUAAGUUUGAUACUGAUUAGUGAGCAGAUAUUUACGGAUUUGAAAACUCAAAUUUUGGCCUCACAGCCCGUGGAACAGCAACAGCGCCUUGUGCUUUGUUUUGACAAAUUAAUGGCAGAUGUAUCCCGAAGUUUAGAUUCAAAGAACAGGGACAAGUUUACCCAGAACUUGACUGUAUUCAGGCACGACUUCCGUUUGAAGUAGUUCUUUUUCAUAUGUUAUACAAACAUGAUUUGAUUUGCUGAAGUGCCUGAUGGGUGGAACUGACCUCAAGAUCAACGCACAGAAGAUUCGUGUUUGCUCUGUAUAGUCUUGAUAGCACACUAAAUUUAGGAAAGAUUUCGACAUGUGGAUAUACUAACUAAAUAGGUUCUAGUUCACAUAGGCUUUUGUUCAGACUGCUAGGAUGAAGUUUUAUAAUCACAUGUCUGAAAGCCAGGGCAACAGGAAAUCUUAGGUGAACUUUUGUUUAGUUAAAUGGAACUGGAUAUCUGGUUGUACCAGAAGUCCAUGAGUUCUGCAUAAUUUUUUGUACAUGAAGUUUACAAUUCUUUUGAUUGUGGAUAAUGGAAAGAUGAAUCUCCUUAGCCUUG